AUGGCAUUCACCCGUCUGGUAGCUUUCUACCGCUCCUGUCUCUUCCAGAUCAUCAUCGUAGGACUGGUCGCCUUCUGCGAGCCGGGCAUCUGGACUGCGUUGAACAACCUUGGAGCCGGGGGGAAUGCUAGUCCCUUUCUCAACAAUGCCGCCAAUGCCCUAACAUACGGCCUCAUGUCCGUGGGCUGCUUUCUCGCCGGCGGCGUCACCAACAAGAUCACCGCCAAAUGGACGCUCUUCAUCGGCGCCGCCUUCUACACCCCGUACGCGGCGGCGCUGUACUGCAACAACCGCUACGGCAACGAGUGGUUCCUGCUCCUCGGGGCGGCGCUGUGUGGCAUCGGAGCCUCGCUUCUCUGGGCGAGCGAAGCUGCCAUCGCAGUUGGGUAUCCAGAAGAAGAGAAACGCGGACGAUACGUCGGAAUCUGGAUGGGGAUCCGGCAGAUGGGCCCCCUGGUCGGCGGAGCCAUCUCCCUCGCGCUGAACAUCAACACCGCCCACGCCGGCAAGGUCACCUACACCACCUACUUAGGGCUGGUCGCUAUCUCGUCUCUGGGUGCGCCUUUCGCCCUGCUCCUCUCCCAGCCCCAGCAGGUGGUCCGCAGCAACGGCACGCCGAUCCCGUACAUGCGGCGCACCAGCCUGAAGAUCGAAGCCCGUGCCAUCUGGAAGCAGCUGCACAAUAAGUAUAUGUUGCUCCUGAUCCCGGUCUUCCUGGCUGGACAGUUCGGCACAACGUACCAGGGCAACUAUCUCACCACAUACUUCACCGUCCGUUCCCGCGCGUUAGCCUCCUUCCUAACCGCCGUCGUGGGCGCCGCCGCCAACCUCCUGACAGGAUUCAUCCUUGACCUCCCCUCGCUGUCCCGCCAAGCCCGCUCGAAGAGCGUCUACAUCUUCGUGCUCGUCUUCGUGACGGCAGCCUGGACCUGGAAUGCGAUCGUGCAGACCCGGCUGGCGCGCAUGGCCGACCCGCCCACCUUCGAUCUGGGCGACGGCGCGUUCUUCAACUCCGCCUUCACGGUGUACAUGUUCUUCAAGUUCUUCUACGAGGUGCUGCAGACAUAUAUUUACUGGUUGAUGGCGGAGAUCAAGGGCGCGAGCGGCGAUGGGGACGUCGCGCGCACGACGGGCAUUCUGCGGUCGUGGGAGUCGAUUGGAAGUACCAUUGCUUAUGCGGUGGGGGCAACGCAUUGGCCGAAUGAGAAGCAGAUGGUGCUCGGGUUUGUGCUGUGGGGGGUUACGGUGCCGUUUACUCUGUUGGCGGUGUUUGGGGAGUGGAAUGUGGGGGUUGAGGGAGAGGAUCGGGAGGAAGAGACAGAGGGCAAUACGGGGAGCAGUUCUAGUUUGGAGGCGCAGCGGGUGGUCGUUGGGGUUGAUGGGAAGUGUUGA